CAGUAUGUGAUGAUGACUGGGAUAUGACUGAUGCUGCAGUGGUGUGUAGAGAGCUGGACUGUGGAAAACCUGUAGAUGCUCUGGGUGAUGCUCAUUUUGGACCGGGAUCAGGACCAAUCUGGAUGAGUUAUGUUGUGUGUACUGGAUCAGAAUCUACACUGAAGAAUUGUGGGUCAACAGGUUGGGGUAAAACGAGCUGUGAUCAUUCUAAAGAUGCUGGAGUCAGAUGCUCAGAAGUCAGGCUGGUUGGAGGUUCUCGCUGCUCUGGGAGGUUAGAGAUACUUCAUGAUCAGACGUGGAUGUCAGUGUGUGACGCUGUCUUUGACCAGCAGGAUGCAGAGGUUGUGUGUAGAGAGCUGGACUGUGGGGCUCCUGUACAGGUGCUGGGAGCAGCUGCUUUUGACAAAGGAGACACUCAGAUGUGGACACAAGAGAUUCAGUGCAGAGGAAAUGAGUCUCAGAUUCACCUCUGUCCAGCAUCACCAUCAGACAAACACAACUGUUCAUAUGAAAACGAUGUUGAACUGAUGUGUGCAGACAGUGUGAAUGUGAGGUUGGUUGGUGGUCACAGUCGCUGUGCUGGUAGAGUGGAGGUUCUUCACAGAGGUCAGUGGGGAACAGUGUGUGAUGAUAGCUGGGAUUUGGCUGAUGCUGCAGUGGUGUGUAGAGAGCUGGACUGUGGAGAACCUGUAGAUUCUCUGGGUGAUGCUCAUUUUGGACAAGGAUCAGGACCAAUCUGGAUGAGCAUUGUUCUAUGUACUGGAACAGAGUCCACGUUGAAGAAGUGUGGCUCGGCAGGAUGGAAUAAAAAUUACUGUGAUCAUACUGGGCAUGCUGGAGUCAUCUGCUCAGGUAAACUGCUCAAGUCUUCAACAUAAUAAUAUCACCAGAAAG